AUGACGAUUCGCACCUUCCGACUGUUGGGCGGCGUCAAAUCGCCGUCGUCAACCACCGUAACCGCCGGCAGCGCCUCCUCGCCGUUGCCUGAGAUCGAUGUCUCCUUCAUCGGGGUGUUAUUCACCGACGUCUUCUACGCCCUAAUAGCCCUACUUUGCCUCACAGUCCUCCUUGUCGUAUGUAGUUGUCUCUUCGAAUGCCUGAAGAUGAUGUUGAUGAAGAAGAGCUCUUCCACCGCCGACGUGGAUCCAAGUUUCGCCGCCGCCAACUGCACCAUUUGCCUCUUCGAGUUCGCCGAGGGCGACGAGAUCCGGGAGCUCAGGCAGUGCGGCCACGCCUUCCACGUGACUUGCAUCAACACCUGGCUCCGAUGGCACUCCUCCUGCCCCACCUGCGCCCACAUGAUCCAAGGACGUGAUCACAUCAUCAAUAGGUUUCUUCCCCUUUAUACCUAG